AUCUUGGUUUUGAAACCCGAUAGAUCAAUUCAAUAGUCCUUUAUCUUAGGGUUUAUAAUUUAGUAUUCAGACUUGAUUAUACUCCAUUCUCAUUAUGUGACACUUUUUUUAUGCUUCACUACCAUUAUAAACUCAUUUUUUCUUACUUUGUUUAUAUUUCAAUAUACAACUACAAAGAUACUUCAAGUGAAGGUUAACAGCUUUAUUAGUUAGCUGUAACAAUAUUUUGCUCGUGGCUGUGACAUUUGGUUGCUACUGAAAGUGAUAAGUGAAAGAUGGAAGACACACUUCGUAAAUACUGUCAGCACUAUAUACCCGAGGAAAUGUGUCCUUACAUUAAGUCAGGCAUUUUUGCAAUCCUGGUGGUGUCAGGUACAGCCUUUCUGUUUAGUUUAUUCAACAGACUACGCAUGCGUGGGAAAGUCAAAAGAGCUAUGAAGGAAGCCUACAAUAAACGUGCAGAACAACUAAAAUCUUUAAAGGAAAAGUUACAGAAAUCAAGUCUUACUAAAGAAAUGAGGAACAAAAUUCUAUCAUUGGACAUUGUCCAACUUCAGAAACGACUCAAAGACCGUUCAUUAAAAGCCAUUGAUGUUCUUCAUGCUUAUCAAUACAAGGCACUUGAAGCACAAGAGAAAACCAAUUGUUUAACUGCAAUAAUUCCUGAAGCUGAGGAAUUAGCUCUGAAAUGUGAUUCUGUCCCAUAUGUGACCAAACCUCUUCAUGGAAUUCCAAUCAGCCUCAAAGAAAACAUAAUCUACAAGGGACUUCACACAACCUGUGGCUUAGGUUUCAGCCUGUUGAGCCCACCUCAUGCAGAUGAUUCAAAUCUUGUUAAGUGCCUGAAAGAACUUGGUGCUGUUCCAUUUGUCACAACAAAUGUACCACAGUCUUUAAUGAGUAUCUCCUGUGAUAAUAGUAUUUUUGGCCAAACUAGAAACCCACAUAAAGCUGAUCGAUGUCCUGGUGGAUCCAGUGGAGGAGAAGCAGCUCUCAUAGGUUAUGGUGGAUCAAUUUUGGGUAUAGGAUCGGAUAUUGGUGGUAGCAUUCGCUGUCCAGCUCACUUUUGUGGUAUUUAUGGAUUAAAAACAACUAUUACUCGUAUGGGGUUGGGAAGUGCAUAUAAACCAGUCAAAGAACAAAUUCUCAUUCAGACUUCUGUAGGCCCAAUGGCACAGACUGCUGAUGGUUUGAUUAUGGCAACAAAAGCAUUGUUUUCUCAGGAAGUUUUUGAAAUGGAUCCCCAAAUAUCCCCUACAGAAUUCCAGAAUCAUUUGUUUGAUGGCAAGAGAAAACUGAGGAUUGGGUAUUAUGAGACUGAUAAUGUAGUUAGUGCUACCUCAGCCUGCCGUAGAGCAGUUCUUUUAGCAAAGAAAGCAUUGGAAGCUAAAGGGCAUACGGUGAUUGAUUUUACUCCUCCUAGGAUCCUUGAUGCUGUCCUUUUGGCAGUAAACAUAACGUGCUCUGAUGGAUAUUUGAUGAGCAAAUUGAUAAAAUAUGAAAGUCCAACUGAGGAAUUGUAUUUUAUUACAAAGUCAGAAGGUUUUAGGAAAAUUAUUUCAGCCCUUGUUUAUCCUUUUGACAAGAUAUCAUCUAAAAUCGUUCGUGCAUUGGAUGGACGUAGAAAAUAUCAAGACAUAUAUAAUUUGGUUGCUGAAAAAGAAAAAUAUGAUAAAGAAUUUGCUGAUGCUAUGAAAAAAGAUAAAUUGGAUGCUCUCAUCUGCCCUGUCAUGUCUUCAACAUCACUUCUGAUAAAGUGUCCAAACUUUGGAAGGUUUCCAAACUAUUCUCUGCCCUAUAAUCUACUGAACUACCCUGGUGUAUCUAUGCCGAUUACAAAGGUAACAGAAGAAGAUGUAAAGGCGACUUAUAAAGCAAGAUCAUUGACUGAAUAUUUGGUGAAAAAGUCAAUUCCAGGCAGUGUUGGUCUUCCAGUCAGCAUCCAAAUUAUUGUUCCUACAUAUAAGGAUGAGCUUGCAUUACGUAUCAUGAAAGAACUGGACAGUGAACUGAAGAAGAAAAGUGGAUAGAGUGUGUAACCACCUUAUUUCAUCAUGCCCCAGUGAUACAUAUUGACAUUUACCACAUGGAUUCCACUUGAGAAUAAAAAUGAUUCAGUACU